AUGGUUGCUGUGAGCGCGCGCUGUUGCACAUGUCCCGACACUCAGUCCGCCGCACAUUGUCGAUAAUCGCGCGUUGGUGUACGGUACAUCAUAGUCAACGAGCCGCACUAUUCUUGUCCUCCGUCGCUGUUUUUCCGCGUUCACAUUGGGCCGCGUAAUUUCAUAAUAAUAUAACGUAGCCAGCGGUGAACUAUUAUAGUGCCGCCGGAUCGCAGAGAAGAAGAUCGAGACGUGACGGCUGACUUCGCUGCCACUGCUGGUGCAGAGAUGAGCGAGACCAAACUGUUGAUUGGCAGCGAUAUGAUCGCGUCCAAAGACAUGCUCAACCCGUUCGUACACCAUCUGGAGCUGACUUCCACCUACGACAAGUUUAAGACUGCAUUUUUCACUAUAGUCGUUCUACCCGUUCGGAUAGUUGCCAUUUUGGUUUUGCUGUUUAUAGCUUGGCUGUUGGCGACCAUUGGUUUGACCGGUGUUAAUCAAACCGAAUUAUCAGAGAGACCACUUGUCGGAUGGAGACGCUGCGUCAGGCGUGCGGUGUACGUGGUCGUCCGGCUUAUGUUCGGGGCGGCUGGCUUCCAUCGGGUCAGGACUGUCGGCGAACAGGCCACGCGGCAACAGGCGCCCGUGCUGGCCGUCGCGCCGCACUCGUCCUUUUACGACGGGCUGGCGGCCGUCGUCACGGGCGGUCCAACCAUCGUAGCUAAGGAAGAGAACUCGUUCAUACCGAUCGUAGGAAGAGUAAUAAACUUCACGCAGCCCGUGUACGUACGGAGAGACGACCCAGAAUCGAGACACAACACAAUACAGGAGAUAAUUCGCCGUGUAAAAUCCGACCAAGACUGGCCUCAGAUCCUUAUAUUCCCGGAAGGCACAUGUACGAACCGAUCGUGUUUGAUAACGUUCAAGCCGGGCGCCUUCUAUCCAGCAGUGCCCGUUCAACCGGUACUGUUGCGGUACCCGAACAAACUGGACACCGUCACCUGGACGUGGGACGGUCCUGGAGCAUUGAAACUCUUGUGGUUGACUAUGACGCAGCCGACUACGACGGUGGAAGUGGAAUUCCUGCCGGUGUACGUGCCCAGCGAAUACGAAAAACAGAACCCAAAAGCUUUCGCCGAAGGCGUUCGAAACGUGAUGGCCAAAGCAUUAGCUGUUCCAACGGCAGACUACACGUACGACGACUGUAGAGUGGCCGUGAAAGCUAGUCAACUGGGUCUGCCGAUGACCUCGAAUCUGAUCACCGUCGAAAGACUUAGAAGUCGUCUAGGAUUGACGCGAAUUAAGAUCGAGGACUCGGCUCUGGUCAAGAACAUGCUGUCGUUUCAGAAUCGAGAGUCUCAACCGGUAGAUCUGGCAGAAUUAGCAAACAGUUUGAACGUCACCGCCGAGGACGGUUCACUGGUCAGCCUCUUCAAAAUGCAUCUAGAGAAUGAAGACUUGUCGACCAUAGAUUUUAAAAAGUACUUGUUGGCUGAAUACAUUUUGCAGAAAGCCACCUCCAAAGACGAUCUGAUCGUGUUGGCUUUUAAGUUGUACGGUGAAUAUUUUGAUAAAGAAAUGUUCGAGUACGUAAUGAACCUCGUCUACAAUCUUCCGAAAUCCGAAGCUUCCGUCAUUUACAACGAAAUGACCGACAAACCAAAUGAAAUAAGAUUGGCGGACUAUCUACAAUACGGGAAAAAGUAUCCUGAAAAAAUGGAGUUCUUGCAAAACCACAGUAAGAAUUCGGCACCCAGAACCGUAACAGACUUUUCCAGUUGCGGUCAAUCGUUCCACGUCCCGGACGACAACAAGAAGUAUCAAUGACAUACGGAACAUCCUACAAGUACGAUCGUACCUGUUGCAGACUGAUAUUAAAAAUGUAUUUUUAAGGUUUUAUAAUAUUAUACUAUUCGUUAUACAUACUUAUAUAUAUAAUAUAUAAUAUUUUGUUACUUAUUGUGUAUUUAAGGAAUAUUUAGAUUUAAGAACCCUCGAUGCACGACUAUAUGUGUAAUUAUAUGAUAUAGGCCAUAGUUCUCAUAUCAAACCUAUAUAUACGGUCGUUUUAAUUGUAAAAAAUAUAAAUAUUAUCAAUGUGUUUAAAAUAUAAUAGUCUAUAAUUUCAGUACCUAUAUUAUAAUAUUAUUAUCUUAUGUAGUACCUAUAUGCAUAUCUUAUAUGCAGUGUUUAGUGCUGUUACCUAUAAUACAAAAUAUUUUGUGUACCUAUAUAUAAUAUAAUAUAUUACCUACUACCUAUUAUACUACCUACGGUGCUUUUACCAGUUAUUUUUUUUAAAACCUUACUAAGAUAUUAUACCGCCAAGUUAGCACCGACAGAUAUAACGCAUUAUAUUGUAUUAUUUUAUUAUUAUUUAUUAUACUAUCCAGAAUACUGCUCGGGA